AAUAAAUUAAAAAGAUGUAGCCAAGUAAUAAUAUAAACUAAUAUAAUAAAAUUAUAAUACUUAAAUGGUGCUAAUUUUAAAAAAUAAUAGACACAAAGUUAAGGACAAAUAUUUUGUGGACUAUAUUUUUUAUCAGAUGAACACAACAGCUGUCAGACAUCCGUAUUUAUCAAGUUAACAUGGAGAAUAUGAUUAAACAGAUUGGAUGUGAAUUUCUAACAAUAUAAAGUGACUAUUACGAUUCAUAUUAUGGAUACAUUAAUACAAGUGACCGAUAUAUUACCUUUAUUUGUUAUGAUUAGCUUUAUUUCAACAUAUUUUGCUGAAAGUUAUCUUUGUAAAAUCUUUACAACACAACAAUUGUUAUUUCCAUGCGCCGGUGAAAAAAUACCGCCAGUUCAACACCAUUUCACAGAAAGUGAAAGAAACAACCAAGGAUUAGGAUACAUGAAUUUGUGGAUGUUUGGAACAUCUCCUGGAGUUUGGCCUUCUACAGGUACUGCUUUGGGAUCUAGACAAGGAUCAUAUUAGAUCUAAGUCUUUCUUUGAUAGUUCAGUGUUGUGAAUAUUUGUCAAGAUUAACUGUCUUUACUUAGAAUAUGAGAAUUGUAUAAAAUUUGUUCAGUUGUUGGCAAGAAUUGAAUCUUCGGUGUAGUUUUUACACUAAGACGGCCAAGCCGGAUUCUAAUAUAUGAUCUAGAUCUACAAAGUAGAUAUCUAGAUAGAGUCUUGGUGCUAUAGAUCUUUCUACUCAUUGAAUAAGAAUCUAUCUAGAUUCUAGAUCCAAGUCUAAAUCUUCUUUUUUGUUUUUAAUAGCUAGAUUCAAGAUCUAGAGAUUCAUGAACUUUUACAAGUCAUGACUGUCUGAUACAUGAUUCACGUGUUUAACAAGUUUGCAAUUUUAAUGAACAGCCAACUUCAGAAGUCUUGUGAUUUUAAAGAUCACACAAAAAGUCAUUUACUACCAUAUAGAUCUAUGCCUAGCCAAGCAUCAUCCACGAAACUUUUAACAAUGCCUGGAUUGUUACGUUUAAAUAGUGUUGGUGAAGAUUCAUCAAUCAAUCAUGUGAAAACCAAUGAGAUCAGUCUAGCAGGCAUACGAUCGUUGCCAUUGGCAUCGAUUUUUCAGUUAACACCACAUAAUCAUUUGAAAAAGUCAUUUUCUUCUCCCCUGUCUUCAACAACAGUUGGCCAUACUUUGCAAGGAAGAUCAAGGAUGUCUCUCUUCAGUCAGUUAACAAAUUCAGGAAAACAGUCUUUUUCUUUAGAUCACAGUUUUAAAUACAGCCAUCACACAGAUUCAAGUUUUCAAAGUCCUUUGAGACUAAACAUGAGUAGAGCUUUACACAGCUAUCACAGUGCUCCCGACUUCAGUUCUGCUAGCCUACCCUCAACAUCGUUGGCUAAACUUUUACAGCCUGAAAUUCAAACUGCGACAAAAAUUAUUGCAGAAUCAUUUCAGCCAGCGCUGGUAAUCAGUCCAGAUCAGCCUGCUAAUCUCUGCAAAGAAGAGAGCCGAAACAUGCAUACUCAUGAAGCAGACGUAGAAGUUAAUACUCAGGAAAUUUUAAAUGCUAGUGACAGCUCAGUAUGUAGUAUUGAAACUUCUCAGGUUGUCGAUGAAGAUGAAAGUGACUUGUCAGAUAGUUUCAGCUGUAAUCAUUCGGUUAGUGAUAUUAGCAGUAGUCAUAAUAGUAACAUUUUAAACAAGCCACAAGCUUCGAACUGUAUGGGCCAGCUCUCUGUUCUUUCUACGCAAAGGAAAGUUGUGAAAAAAGGCCGUCCAUCAUCCAAAAAGCAAAGAAAAAGACAGCGUCAAAAACAGAAACAUGCCAUGAAUUGUUCUUCAAAGGAAUCUUCUUCAAAAACUCUUGACUGUAGUGCUGUGAUAAAUUCUGCAUGUAAAUCAUCCACACCUGUUAAAUUUGAAUCAAAAAUGAGCAAACAGCCUUCCUGUGUUUUAUUUACUCUGCAGUCAGAUUCGGAUCUGUCUGAUUGUGAAAGUGAGGACAGUGACUGGUCAAGUUGUGAUGCUACAGUUUCUCCAAUGAAAGAUAACUCUUUCAGUGUUGCCUUAAGUCUUGAUGCAAUUUUUAAGCAGAAGAACAUUCCUAGUCUUGAAAGUGUCAUCACCUCCGCUAGUGAUAGCUCCUCCGAUUCAGACUUUUCUUUCCUGUCUGUUAAUGACGAAACAGAUGGUGGUGAGCAGUUGGUGAAUGGUAAUGCAAUAGAAGAAAUUAAUGCCAAGUGGGAAAAGUGCUACCCCUCUGCUGGCUUCAGAAGCUGUGUAGCUAUGACUACAAAAGAAAACAUUGAGAACCCUCUCAUUAAGGUACGUUUUGCAGCAGAGCCUGAACUGUUGACAGUUUAUUUGGUUGGAACCGAAGAUCGCUGUGGAACAUGGCAGCACUAUGCAUUAGAUAGAGAGCGUUUUGGGAGACGCAUUCAGGAAAUCAGUAACAUAGUUUCACCUAUCCUUGAACAGCAACAUCGUGCCAAAGUUUGUGAACGAAAUAUCAAACUUGUCAGCUGUGCAAUUUGAAAUAAGAAAAAAAUGUGGACAUGAACUUUGCUCCCCUUAUUACUUUCUGUUUUGAAACAAUCUAGUCUUACACCUACGUUUUGGUUAUAUCUUCAAAAGUAUCCUCAUUAAUUUGUUCUCUUUUAUUUUUUCCAAAGGAGUUACUUUUUUUUUUAAUUUAAACAUUGAAAUAAAGAUUUAAUCUUUUUGUUCUUUUUUUUUUUUUUUCUUUUAGUUAAUGUACUGUAUGUAUGGCAAAGGGUUUUGGGUUUAAUUGGCUAUUUUAAACUGUUUUUUUUUGUUUCCUAGUAAGAGAUUGUUUCUUGGUGUCACAUUCCACACUUGCUUCUCACACUCCUCAUGGUUUUCAUUUUACAUCCUGCCACAUCCCUCACGUGUUGUUCUCUUAGCAAUACAUAGUCUGUGAUUGAUUGUAAGUUAUUUAUUGGGUAAACGUUUGGCUCAUGUUAUUGCUUACCUGUACAAUACUGUAUCUGUUUAUAAAUAUGGUUUUCAUCAUGAUCACCUAAUUCUCAACUUUUUUUGUUUUUAAACCCAAAGGAUGGGUGUGUGGUUGUUCGCUGUGGAAUGUUAUCUGAUUAUUACCAUGAUGGUUCUGGGCUGAACCUUCAGUAAUACCUUACUGUCUUGUCGAAGGUCUGGGGUUUGGACUUAAUCUUCAUUUUUUAAGCAGAUUACCAAAUCCCUAGGUAUAAAAGUUAAAAAUGAUAUUGUACUUAUAAAUUGACAGCUGCUUGUCUGAAUAAACAUUUUAUGUCCAUUUCUUAAUGUUGAAUGAAGAUCUAUAUAUAUUCAUUGAAUAGAAGUUUGUGUUUUUAUUAGAUAUAUUUUUUAAAAAAAUGUAUUUAUUUUGUGCACAUUAUGAUAAACUCUAAUAAAUCUCAAAUCUAUUAGUUUAUUCUAUUCAAGGUUUAUUUUUAAAAAAUCAAAUCUACAGCACCCUGUGCGAGGAACACAUUUCUAGAGAUAACUAUUGUGGUCAAAUCGAUAUAUGGUAUUGGUAACUAAAAUAUUUCUACUGAUGUUCCAUGAUUCUUUAAUUAAGUCCUGGCAGUGUCCAACUGUUACUUUUCAUGGGAAAAGGAUGUGUCAAACUCAAAAUGGUUACUAGUGCAUUUUUUUUAAUGGUUAAGCUUUCUUAAUUCAGACACAUUUAUAAUUUAAUAUAAAAAUAAAAGGGGGGGGGGCAUUCAACAAAUCCUCACAUUGUUUUGUAAAUGUUUUCAUUGUAUAAUUCUGUUAGAUGGGCAAUCUAUUUAUCCUAGCACUAAAAAGUAGGAGUUGUUUUGAUAAAGAUGUUUGCUAAUAAAAUGUUUUUAGAUUGCAAUACAUCCAUUCAUGUUGCUACAACAAUUACAUACGUUGGAAAUUCAAAUUCAUAUUAUUUUGACAUUAUUUUUUUAGUUAUUGUUUAAUUUAUAUCUUUUUUUUUUUUAACUUGGAAUCGUUUGUAUGUGUGAGUACCGUACUGUCAUUUUUAUUCAACGUCUUUCAUUUGUAUAAAAUUUAAUUGAUUCGAUUUUCUUGUUUGUUCAUCUUUAUAUUUUCAUUUUGAUGUAUUGGUUUCAAACUUGUUUGUCUGUACAAUUUAUUUAGCUGCAUAAGCCUUCUUGUAGUUAUUAAUGUAAAGACAUUGUACACAUCUUAGGUUUUAUUGUUGAGAUUGUGAACAAGUUGUUUGUGUGUGUGUUAGCAGUGGUUAGUGGGUCACUUUAAUUAACCCUCCUCUCCUUAUUUUUAUUAACUUCUUUAAAUUUCUACUUAUAUCAAAUUGGCUAUUUUAAUUGAUUAUACCCCCCUCCUCCUUUUUUUUUUUUUCUCAUACAAAAAAAAAUUAUGUAUUCCAUUAUCACAACUUUUAUACAGUAUGUAUGUAGAAAGGUGAAGCUGUUUGCUCAGACUGUUGACUAGUUAUAUAACUAAUUUGUUUUGCUGUAAAUAAAAGUUUGAACAUUCACUAAGCCUAUGUAUAGGGUGUGGGGGUAAUGCUCAUUAAUUCACUAAUGUCAUUACAAACUUCACACACUGUUGUAUUGAAGUAUUCUUGUAAUAAAUGCAUUUCUAAAUCGAAA